CUAAAAGUGAGCUUCACUUACUUUCUGUUCCAGAGAUAACAAACAUGGAGCGAACAAGUAGCAUUAGGAGAAAAGCCAUGGCUAGACAACAUAAAGCUGAAGUCAUGAUAGCUGGAGAACAACUGAGGUUGAGACUUCACGACGGAAAACUGAUUAAGGACCGGCGCUACCACCUGCGCACAUAUCCUAACUGUUUCGUAGCACAGGAGCUUAUAGACUGGCUUGUGAGCCAUAAGGAAACUCCAGAUCGAGCAACAGCUGUCCGUCUCAUGCAGCAACUCAUGGAUCAUGACAUCGUUCAUCACGUCUGUGAUAAGAGGCCAGUAUUCAAGGAUGCCAAACUGCUGUACCGUUUUCGCAAGGAUGAUGGCACAUUUCCCUUCAAUACAGAAGUGAAAAUCUUCAUGCGAGGACAACGGCUGUAUGAACAUCUCAUAGGGGACAAGAACUCCAUUCUGCAGCUGAGAGAGGAGCAUGGUGUUGCGUAUCAGCGCUCCUUUCCUGGCUGCCAGUUGAUUGACUGGCUCCUUCAGAACGGGGAGGCAGAGAGCCGGCGUCGGGGACUAGAGCUGUGCCGUGCGUUGCAGGAGCAUGGCAUCAUUCAGCACGUGGCAAAGAAACAUGAUUUCUUUGACAGUGGACUUCUCUAUCAGUUCCGUAUCAAUUUUCGCCGCCGCCGGCACCUAUCUGAACUGUUAAAUGAAAGUGAGCAGGACAAUGAUGAAGGUGUGGCAGCGUCGGCACAAGAAGACAACCAUUCUGAGAGUCCAUUUGUUCUACGCAAAAGCCCAUCGCAGGAGGGCAACAGUGCUUUCCAGUCUGUAGGGUCGAAUACAGACCUGAAACAGGUCGUGAGUGCACGUCGAGGCAGUUUGAAUUCCCUUCAGCUUCACUCUGCUGGAUUUCCACCUCUUGUCCAGCUGUCUUCAACCUCAGUGGUGAGAUGCAAUCCUAAAUCAGUCCUUAGAAGAAAUUUUACAUGUGAAGAGUUAUUGGCACCUGGUGCACCCUUCAUCAAGAGAGUUUUGACGGUGUUAGGAGAUGCCCUUGGCUGGGGAUUUGUCGUCAGAGGUAUGGGUCCCUGUUAUGUGCAGGCUGUUGACCCUGGAAGCCCUGCAGCAGCUGCUGGAGUUAAGGUUAGACAGUUUGUGUGCCAGGUGAACGGACAGUGUGUUCUCUACCUGGACUACAGAACCAUCACCAGGCUGGUGAUGACAGGGCCUCGCACUGUUGUACUGGAAAUGAUGGAACCACUGGAAUGACCUUAAGCCUGCCUUUUGUUUUGGAUACAACUACAUCUGCUUGAACUGAAAUAAAAAUAAUACUAUGAAAAGUCUUUUACGAGACGUAGACUACAGGGCCAGAGUUCAUGCGCUCAUUUGUGGGAAAGAAACCACUGGAAAAUUUUGUGUUGAUUGCGCCGAGAGUAAGUAUAGAACAGAAUGCCUUUUAUUGUCAUUAUACAUCUUUUACAUGUACAAUGAGAUGGAAAGCAUCUCCUUCUUCAGUGCAACAUAGAAUAAAAUAAAAUAAAAUAAAAAAAAGAUUAAAUAGGUUUAGUGCAAGUCAAAAUGUAAAAAGAAAGCUAUACAACAAUAUGAAGAGAGAGUUAAAAAAAAACAAAAUACAAGGGGGGGGGGGUUAAGGUGCACAGUUCAAGAAAGUAUGGGUUAUGAGUGGAUAGAAGGAAGGAAGUCCGGGGGGUCAGGGGAAUAGACUGUGGGGUUCAGUGCAUGUGUGAGUUCAGUGUGGUUAUGGCUUUUGGGAAAAAACUGUCUCUGAGUCUGUUAGUCUCAGAGGGUUUAUGUAGCGAGGGUAAACUGCAAAGGGUUGUGUUUUAAUAAACCUGAGUUCCUGU